GGAUGCGGAGGUAGAGGUGGAGGAAGCCGGAAGUGGAUCGGGGCCCGGUCGGUCCGGGCGUUGCGGGUUUGGGGCCUGGGAUCACUCUGCCUGGGGCAGCUGAGGAGCCCGUGACGGGACGGAGCGGCGCCAUCCCGGCCCUGAGGCCUGCUGACUGGCAGGCUCUGUGCGCCCCGCGGAGGUCGGCGGCGACCAGCAGCGACCGCGGAGCAACGGCGGGCGGCCCCGGGUAUGUACGCCCCCGGAGGCGCAGGGCUGCCCGGCGGGCGCCGGCGGAGGAGCCCGGGAGGCAGCGCUCUGCCCAAGCAGCCGGAGCGUAGCCUGGCCUCGGCGCUGCCAGGCGCCCUGUCCAUCACGGCGCUGUGCACCGCCCUCGCCGAGCCUGCCUGGCUGCACAUCCACGGUGGCACCUGUUCCCGCCAGGAGCUGGGGGUCUCCGACGUGCUGGGCUACGUGCACCCGGAUCUGCUGAAAGAUUUCUGCAUGAAUCCUCAGACAGUACUGCUCCUGCGGGUCAUUGCUGCCUUCUGCUUCCUGGGCAUCCUGUGUAGUCUCUCCGCGUUCCUUCUGGAUGUCUUUGGGCCCAAGCACCCAGCCCUGAAGAUCACCCGUCGCUAUGCCUUCGCCCACAUCCUCACAGUCCUGCAGUGUGCCACUGUCAUCGGUUUUUCUUACUGGGCUUCCGAACUCAUCCUGGCCCAGCAACAGCAACAUAAGAAGUACCAUGGUUCCCAGGUUUAUGUCACCUUUGCUGUUAGCUUCUACCUGGUGGCAGGAGCUGGCGGAGCCUCAAUCCUGGCUACAGCAGCCAACCUCCUGCGCCACUACCCCACGGAGGAAGAGGAGCAGGCGCUGGAGCUGCUGUCCGAGAUGGAGGAGAAUGAGCCCUACCCAGCAGAGUAUGAAGUCAUCAACCAAUUCCAGCCGCCUCCGGCCUACACACCCUAAUGCCAGCCUGGGCUUUCUUCCUCUGCAACCCCUCCCCCACUCUGCAGCGCCUCUCACACCCUGAGGAGCUCCUUUCCCCAGCAGGCCUCACUGGUAGGAUCCUGACCAUCUUCACCAAACCUUCCCCAGGAGAGACUCUGCCUUUAGGGUUGUUCAUGAUCCCUGCUCUCGAAACCUGGGAUUCACCGAUUUUAUAUAAUGCACUGUUUCCCCUCUUGCCACCUUCCCCUCCCUUCACAGUCACUACAUUACCAACCAGGGAUGGUCUUACGAGUUUUCUCCCUUCAUUGAGACCAGGACUUUCCUUGGGGAGCUGCUGACAGUGGACAGUCCCAGAUAGAAGAAGUGUCAACAGGGCCCAAGGGAACAGGGACUGUGCCCUGCAGGCAUGCUUCAUAAUAGUCACCGUGUGUUCCACAGCUGUGGCUCUGGGCUGACCCCGGCCCCCCCCCCCAUUCCUUCUUGGAGUGCCGAGUACCAGGCCGCGCACUCUGUGGAAUUCUCUGCACUUUAGUCUUUGGACUUCCCAUCGAGUGUGUUCUGGUUUUACAGGGAGAAGGAAUUGCUGCUGGGAGGCAGAGCUGGUGCUCUUCCCGUCCUGCCCUUGCUUGGGUGUCUGGAGCCCAGGCAAGGAGAGCAGCACCUGGUGCCCAUAAAGGAUCAGAGUGAAGGGGGCUGAAUCUCCCCAGCCCCUUCACCUUUUAAAAUGUGAGUGGUUUUAAAAGGAAAAAAAAACAACCAACCAACAGCAACAAUAUUCUCUUUUUAAACUAGCGACAAGACUGUUGUCAUUUUUCAGAUAUUUAUCCUGUUCCCUUUGGCUCUGCAGUGUUUUGGGCCGCAGCUCCUUCCAGCCCAUGGUAGUUCUUCCCUGAAUCUCUCCCUGCAGAAUGCAGCCCUAUCCCCUUGCUCCCUCCCUCCCAGUGACCACGGCUCCCUGGGGCCUUCCUGUGGAACCCAGAGCCCUGUCAGCCCAAGGGGCUGAGGACUGUUGCCUGGCUGGCUGGCCAGCGUGGUGCUCCUCAGGACUGUGGCACUGAGAUGUAACCUGGCCUCCGUGCAGGAACAGGGGCCACAGCAGGGUGGGAAACCCACCACUCUCCACAUAGGAACCCCAACCAGUGGGGCCCCAUUGCGUGAGGUGUCAGAACCACCCUGUCAGACUAGUGGACCUGCCUGUGUCCCUCAGGCUCAGUGUGUCCCCUAGACCAUGACUUGGGGCAACAGCUUGCUGCAUGCCCCUUUCCCCUUCUUGAAUGUACUCUGGUCUUGCAGUGUGCUACUGGCUCUUUCUUGCCUAGCCAUCACUCUGGCUAUCCUGUUUACCACAUGUGUGGCUCUGGAUCUGGCUGAAUUUUCUGCCCUGACAUCUGGGGCAUAAAGAGGGAAAACUUGAGACGUUCAGUGUGGAUCCAGAUGGCCAAGUUUCUUUGGAAUCAGUGUCCAGUGCUGGGUUGAAAAGCAGAUGGAUCCCAGUCUCCUCCCCCAGGUGAUAGAGCAAGACUGGAGAAUGGACAUCACUGUUGAACUGUGGCUAGAAAGCGACUGUCAUUUCCCUUGUCCUUCUUUGGCAGACUGCCUGGGGAUGUCUGGACAGAUAGGUGUGUGGGUAGUGAAGAGCAUAUCCACACAUGAGUGAGCGGCUGCCUGGAGUUCAUUGUUAUGCCAAAGUGUGUCCCAUGCUGACUCUCACACUCUUCCAGACUCUCUUCUUAGGCAAGAAAGACUGCCAUAUGAUACCUGAGCACAAAGCCAAGGAGCUAAAUUAAGUCUUGUCUUUCUGUAAAGCCUGAGUUUGUCUAUGUGAGAUUUCCAGGGUGUGGUCAGCUCUCUCUGACCAUGGGUGUCCGAGCGGGCAGACCAGGAGACCGCGCACUGAACAAGCAUGCCAUGUGACCGGUCAUCUCAUGAGGACCCGGACGUGACCCUGUGGGCCGUUCCACAUGAUUUGGAGCCUGGUUUUUAUUAGCUUCCCAUGCCUCUGGCCUUUCUUUCUCUUUUCCCCUGCCAUCCUGACACUGAUAGUUUGUCAUAUAAAUUCCCCUGGUUGUGUUUUUUUUUCUAGAAAAAAAAUUAAAAAGCAAAACAAAACAAAAAACCAGAAACCACAAAUAAGAAUGUAAAUGCCAA